CGCUGCGCAUCCCUUAUCGAACUGAAUUGGAUCGCUUAUACGAUUGCAGCAUUAAAUCAAAACAUCCCUUUGAACAAUUUAAAAUAUGGUUCGAGGAAGCAUUAGCGUACCCUAAUUUAUACGAACCGAAUGCCAUGGUUCUUUCUACUGUUUCCAAGUUUCAGCUAUAUGCUUGUAAAAUGUCUAGGUGUGGACGUCCAAGUUCAAGAUAUGUAUUGUUGAAGGGCCUGGACCAUCGGGGAUUUCAUUUUUAUACCAAUUCUGCAAGCAAAAAAGGACAGGACAUUUCGCAUAACCCAUUCGUCAGUCUCCUUUUUUACUGGGAGCCAUUGAAGCGUCAGGUUCGUAUUGAUGGGAAAGCAGACCUUUUGCCUGACGCUGAGUCUGUGGACUAUUUUAAUUCUCGUCCAAAAAGCAGCCAAGUGGCUGCUUACGUCAGUGAUCAAAGUAUGCCGAUUAAAUCAGACAAACAACUUUUAAGUGACUUUGAAAACGCUCAAAGGAAAUUCCAGAAUGACGAUACCGUCCCCAAGCCACAAUCGUGGGUUGGCUACACGGUUAUGCCAGACAGAAUGGAGUUCUGGCAGGGCCAAACCAAUCGUCUCCACGACCGGCUGCUCUUCUUUCGACUAGACCAAAACGAAGAAGUCCCAGAGUUUGCGAAAGCUGGGGAAGAAGGCUGGUACUAUGAGCGCCUCGCUCCCUAA